AUGUUAGAGAAAAAGAUUGAGGAAUCAUAUAUUCAUUAUUACUCUAAAAUUUUUAAGGAAUUAAUCGGAUCAUUCUUAGCUUCAAUUUUGCAUAUAAUUUUAGUAAGUAAAUUAAUACAAAUUUAAUAUUUUUUUGCUUAUCUCUUAUCUUAUAUUUUUUAAACAGAAUAACGUUAGAAUUCUAAGAAUAAUAUAUUUGAUAAAUCAGAAAAUUUAGGGAUGAGAAUUUGACAUCUAUUUAAAAAAGAAUAGUGAAAACUAUAACAACUGUAGUAUUUAAUAAUCUUCUUGCUGGUUAUUAUUCAAUUUUUAUUGAUUAAGGAUUUAUAUUUCUAUCAAAAAUUAAAUACUCCUGGAUUUCUGAUAACAGUCUUCCCGUUUGUAUCAAUUUAAGGAAUUUUAAUUUUUAAUUUAGAACAGCUUAAGAUGUAAAAGUAUCUAAUGCAUCUUUUUAAGUUUUUAUGAAGGUAUUUGUGCUUCCUGUAAUUUAUUUGAAAGAUAGAUUAAAAGAAAUAAUCAUUUUUAGUUCCAUUACAUGUUUUUUUUAUGUAUCUAUUUUUUAUACAGACCAAAUUCAAAUAUCAAGCCUUUAGAAUAAUUGA